CCUACAAUACAUCAGUCAACACAGUGGUCAUUGGAUCGCUGUUUCCUAGGGGCUGGGCUAAGACCCACAAAGCCCUUCACACUUUAGAACAGUCGAUUCGUUUUAAUUCCACAGUACUUUCCACAAAUUUCUUCCUUAUGACCCACAUCCACCACCUCAUUUCCCCCAGCCUCAAAUUCCACUUCCGUCAAGGGGUUUUCGAUGAGCAUUUACAGUUCCAUGAUGUGUUGGGGGACCCAGUGUAUCUUAAUACCGACGGGGAGGCCCUCCUCAGAGCCUCAUGGGCGGCUUUGGCUUGUAGCCAUAAGGUAAAACAGUAAGUAUUCAGAGCGGCACCUCUGUCAACUGUACCAGGGAGUCUUAGUUAAGUUUAGUUAAUAGUCAUUUAUUAUGGUUUGUUUUGCC